AUGCCGAGUGACGAGCUAGUGUUGCUUCCGGCACCGAACCUGGACAAAGCGCCCGCCCGCUACGAUAACGAGAUCGACGAGCUGGAUGCGCACUGUCAGCAAUUAGCGCGGGACUUUCUGCGUGAAAACCCGGCAAUACGUGACCAGAGUCUGGCGCAGCUGCGUGACUGGAUAGCGAAGCAUCCGAGCAUCAAGCGAUGCCGCACGGAUGCACGCUUUCUGUUGCGCUUCCUGCGCACCAAGAAGUACUCGUUCAUCAAUGCAUCUACCAUGUUGGAGCGGUAUCUGGCGUGUCGGGUGGUCCAUCCGCACUGGUUCAAGCGGUUGGAUAUCGAGGAUCGGGAGAUGAGUGAUCUUGUGGAUGCGGGCUUUCUCUACCCGGUGCUGGAGAAGGAUGCACGCGGUCGAACGGUGAUUUUCGGCGAUGCAGGCACGUUGGACCCGAAGGUGUACACCGUGGGGCAUGGCAGCCGAAUGCACAUGCUGGUGGGUGAAACGUUGUACGAUGAUGCUUCGGUGCAGUGUGCUGGGUUUGUGCUCGUGUACGAUCUGUCCGGUAUAACGAUGGGAAUGUUGGGGUUGGUGACGUUGAACGAUAUCCGUGAUCUGGCGACGUAUCUCAACAACGCAGUGCCGAUGCGCAUCCAGGAGCUACACUUCGUCAACACACCGAGCUUAGCGCUGAAGAUCGCGAACUACACGUUGGCACUGAUGAACGAGAAACUUCGCAACCGGAUCAUGUGUCACCGCAGUUGGGAGGAUUUGCACAAAAAGGUUGACAAGCAACUGAUCCCACAGGAGUACGGUGGAGUGAUCCCGAAGGAGGUGCACAUUGCGGAGUUCAAGAAACGCUGCCACAUCUACCGUCCACAGCUGCUCGCACUGGACGAGAUGGACUACGAGGUUGGACGCGAUCUGGACAGCUGCAAAAAGUCACACGUGGCCGAAAUUGAAACGGGCACUAUCGGCAGCUUCCGCAAGUUGCAGCUCGACUAG